AUGCAGAGAAAUCAAAGUAGAGGGAAAAGAACCGAGGCACAACCCCCUACCUACCAACAACCCCCUAUCUACAAACAACCCCCUACCUACCAACAACCCCCUAUCUACCAACAACCCCCUACCUACCAACAACCCCCUAUCUACAAACAACCCCCUACCUACCAACAACCCCCUAUCUACCAACAACCCCCUACCUACCAACAACCCCCUAUCUACCAACAACCCCCUACCUACCAACAACCCCCUAUCUACCAACAACCCCCUACCUACCAACAACCCCCUAUCUACCAACUACUCCCUACCUACCAACAACCCCCUAUCUACCAACAACCCCCUACCUACCAACAACCCCCUAUCUACCAACAACCCCCUAUCUACCAACAACCCCCUAUCUACCAACAACCCCCUACCUACCAACAACCCCCUAUCUACCAACAACCCCCUAUCUACCAACUACCCCCUACCUACCAACAACCCCCUAUCUACCAACAACCCCCUAUCUACCAACUACCCCCUACCUACCAACAACCCCCUACCUACCAACAACCCCCUAUCUACCAACAACCCCCUACCUACCAACAACCCCCUAUCUACCAACAACCCCCUACCUACCAACAUCCCCCUAUCUACCAACAUCCCCCUACCUACCAACAACCCCCUACCUACCAACAACCCCCUACCUACCAAUAA